AUGGGCCAGACCAUGGGCUGCUGCAGCUGCGGCCCAAGGACGGACGCGCUGGCGACGCCGUACGAUGCGAAAGGAAUCCUGCUGCCCCAAGUCGAAGACGACAGCUGGAAGAAGCACCACGUGAGCGGGUACACGGCAGCCAUGCUCGCCGAAGACCAGUCCUACACGCCGCCCCGCUUUGUGGGCCAGGUGCCGGCCGAGGCCGCGUGGGAGCUCUGA